AUGAUGAUUUCAUCGCUAGUUGGAUGUACUUGCCGAUGUAUUCCAUCUGAUCUAGUUUCAUUAAAUCGAACAAUAAUUUAUCGAACACUAUCAUUAGCAUCGUCACCGGUGACAUCUAAAAUAUCAAUACAUGAACAGAAGUCAAAAACAGAAGAGAAUAAAGAAUAUGAAAAGAUUAAAGACGCUCGUCAUCCGACAGAAUCAUCGUCUACAACAGAUAAAGUUGUUUCAAGUGAUAAAAAGUCAAAAGCGUCAAAUUCAUUUGUUAUCAAUUUCUAUCGAGGUCUGUUUAAUCCUCAAGAAGUAUUUCCAUAUCCUAGUGUAAUGAAUGAAGAACAAAAAGAGAAUAUUAAAAUGUUGAUUGAUCCAAUAUGGAAAUUUUUUGAAGAAAAAAAUGAUCCCGCAAAAAAUGAUCAAUUAGAAAAGAUUCCAGAUGAAGUAAUGAAUGGUUUGAAAGAACAAGGAGUAUUCGGUAUUCAAGUUCCUGUUGAAUACGGUGGACUUGGCUUGACAAAUACCCAAGCAGCACGUCUUUUUGAAAUAAUCAGCGCUCAUGAUCUUAGCAUUUCAAUAUGCACCGGUGCACAUCAAUCCAUUGGUUUUAAAGGUAUAUUAUUAUUUGGUACUUAUGUUCAAAAAAAACAGUAUCUGCCAAAAUUAGCCGCCGGAGAACAAAUCGCAGCAUUUGCUCUUACAGAACCUACAGCUGGUAGUGAUGCUUCUUCCAUUAAAACAAAAGCAACAUUGUCACCCGAUGGUAAAUAUUAUAUUUUAAAUGGCACUAAAAUUUGGAUAUCGAAUGGCGGUCUUGCUGAUGUAUUCACUGUAUUCGCACAAGUGCAAUCGACCGAUGAUAAAACAGGUCAAAAAAUAAAUAAAAUGACAGCGUUUAUUGUCGAAAGAAGUUUCGGUGGUCUCACACAUGGACAACCAGAGAAAAAAAUGGGUAUAAAUGCAUCGAAUACAGCUCAGAUUUAUUUUGAAGAUUGUAAAGUUCCUAUUGAAAAUGUACUUGGUGGUGUCGGAAAUGGAUUUAAAGUUGCAGUGAAUAUUUUAAAUAAUGGACGAUUUGGUAUGGUUGCUGGCUUAUCUGGAACAAUGAAAAUGGCUAUUAAACAAACCAUUAAUUUUGCUAAAAAUCGUCGUCAAUUCGGUCGAACUAUUGAUACAUAUGGCAAUAUACAAGAAAAACUUGUUCGAAUGGAAAUGAGACAAUAUGUAACUGAAAGCAUGGCAUUUCUUUUGGCACAAAAUAUGGAUCGAGGAAUCACUGACUAUCAAUGUGAAGCUGCCAUAGGAAAAAUCUUCGCGUCCGAAUCAGCAUGGUAUGUACUCGAUGAAGCAAUACAAAUUCAUGGCGGAAUGGGUUUCAUGAGAAGCACCGGUCUUGAACGUGUUGUACGAGAUUUACGUAUCUUUCGAAUAUUUGAAGGUGCGAAUGAUGUUCUUCGAUUAUUUAUUGCUUCAACUGGUUUACAAGAUGUUGGUUUACAUCUAAGUGAACUACAGAAAGCAGUUCGAAAUUUUAAUUUUAAUAUUAUCGUUGGUGAAAGUUCGAAACGUUUACGUCGAGGUAUUGGCAUUUCUACAGGCCCGGAUAUCAAUGAUUAUAUACAUUCAUCACUUCAACCAUCUGGGUUACUUUUAUCGAAGUCGAUUGAUAGUUUUGGUACGGCUGUUCAACAGAUUCUUAUUAAAUAUGGUAAAACUAUUCGCGACGAACAAUUUAUUGUUCACCGUAUUGGAGAUAUUACCAUUGAUUUAUAUUCAAUGGCAGCUAGUUUGUCACGUUGUACGCAAUCGUUCAGUAGUCAAAUCUCAUCAGCUGUGCAUGAGUCUAAAUUAGUUCAAAUUUGGUGUGAAGAAGCUUAUGAGAGAAUUAAUAAUAAUAUUAAUCUUAUUCAAAGUUCGGAUUUUAUUCAAAGAACACGAUUAAUGAAUGAAUUAGCGCGAGAAAUUGUAGAGAAUGAAUCAACUGUUCCUGUACAUCCAUUGGGUUUUUAA